CCACCAACUGGCCUCACAAAAAAUUAAGAUCGAACUUCACCUUUUGCUAACGCACACAAAUGGCUUUCUCUGAUCUCAAACAACUUGAGGAGCACCUUGCUACACGCUCUUACGUUGAGGGCUAUACUCCCUCUCAGGCCGAUGUAGGCGUAUAUAAGGCUUUAAAAUCUGCGCCUCCUGCGAGCGAAUAUCCACAUGCAUCUCGCUGCGGCUGUGCUGCGCUUUUUGGAGGGGCAGGUGCUUCUGCACCCGCCAAAGAAUCCGCCGCUGAAGAGGAGGAAAUUGAUCUUUUUGGAUCGGAUGAGGAAGAAGAUGAGGAGGCAGAGCGUAUCAGGGCAGAGCGACUGGCUGCCUAUAAUGAAAAGAAGGCCCACAAGCCGAAAGUGGCUGCUAAGUCUGUUGUCACUCUUGAUGUCAAGCCUUGGGACGACGAGACUGACAUGGCUGAGCUGGAGAAAGCCGUCCGCUCCAUUCAGAAAGAAGGCCUGGUCUGGGGAUCUUCUAAGCUUGUCGCCGUUGGUUACGGUAUCAAGAAGUUGCAGCUCACUCUUGUAAUUGAGGAUGAACUGAUCUCUUUGGAUGAGCUUCAAGAGGAAAUCCAGGGAUUUGAUGAGUACGUUCAGAGUACCGAUAUAGCUGCUAUGCAGAAGCUGUAAUUACAUACCUUUUCAUCUGUAUCCGCCUUUUGAGCACAACAUGUCAACGCCGCUUUUAUACAAAAUACAAUGAUUCUAUUUUGCAUGGC